AGCACCGCACCGCACGCCACCGCUUCCGUUUCCACCCCCCGGCCGGCCCAGAGAUUUACGGCACUCUGCCACUCCCCGUCUCCUCCUCCUCCUCCUACUCCUCGCUCGCUCGCCUGCCCCACCUCUUCCUCCCUCUUCCUCCUCGCGAGCGUGUCUCCCGCUAUUAAUGUAGCGGCGGCGACAGGGAGUCGAGUUCGGCGCGGCGGUGCCACGACGAGACGGCGCGUGAGGAGGAGGAGGAGUGGAGGACAAGGCGCUCCGCCGCUCCGGGCUCGGGCAUCCGUCGUUCGUCGUGGAAGGCGGGUUCGCCAGUGGAGGUAGUAGCAGUCGGCAGCAAGAUGAUGGAUGGGAGGCGGCAUUCGGUGGACAUCCCCGUCUCGAGGGCCCUGGUGGCCAUCAUGCGGUCCAGAUCCCUGAGGGACCCGGACACCAACUCGCUGGCCAAGUUCUCCGCCAAGAAGACCAUCUGGGAGGGCUGCUCCAUCGACGAGGACGAGCAGCAGGAGGGGGCGAGCAACAACAAGACCACCUACGGCAGGCACAGCUUCAGCUACAACGCGUACGAUCACCUCCAGCGGAGGAGGGAGGAGUUUGGGGACAGCCUCAGGUCCGGCCGGCUCGCCGACUCGCCCAUCAACAUCAUCAAGGCCAAUGCCAUGGCCAAGGCGGUGCUCCAUAACCAGAGCUGUUGCUCCGCCAUCUCCGGGAUGUCAUCGAGGGGCGCAAAGGACAGGAGUUUUGGUUUGGUGGGUGAUGGGGAGGAGCUUGGCCGGAGGGGGGAGGCCAGCACGUUCCAGGAGAGCUCCAGGAGUUUGCUUCAGAAGUACCGGCCCAAAUCUUUCUCCGAGCUUGUUGGGCACGGUGUUAUUGCUCAGUCUCUUUCGGGUGCUGUUCUGAAAGGGAAGCUUGCUCCUAUCUAUCUUUUCCAUGGUCCGCACGGCGUGGGCAAGACGUCCAUGGCUAGAACAUUUGCAGCUGCGCUCAAUUGCCGUUCCCCUGGUGGGAACCAGCCGUGUGGCCGCUGUGACGAGUGCGUGGCCAUAUUCUCGGGAAGCAGUAGCAGUGUGGUAGAGAUUGAUGCUUCCAAACUUGAUUGCAAAUCUAGGGUCGCGGCCUUGCUCAGGAAUGCCUGUGAAGUUCCUGCCUCUUCACACUUCAAGGUUAUGAUCGUUGAUGAUUGCCAGCACAUGGACAAGGAGGGAUGGUACUCUAUCUACAAUAGCCUUGAAGGGAUUCCUGAGAGCACGAUCUUUGUUAUGAUCACAUCUGAUAUUGAUAAGCUACCAAGCAAUUCCAUAGGGUGGUGCCAGAGCUACAGGUUUUGCAAGAUAGAUGAUGCAGAGAUUGCCCGCAGGUUGAUCAAGAUUUGUACUAAAGAAGGCAUGGAAUUCGAAGCUGAGGCACUGGACCUUCUUGCUCGCAAGGCUAACGGUUCCAUUCGAGAUGCAAUUCAAAUGCUUGACCAACUAACUCUACUUGGAAAGAGGAUCAGCAAAUCAGUUACACAUGAGCUGAUAGGUGAUGUCUCAGACGAGGAAUUGCUUGAUCUUCUCAAUCUGGCCAUGUCAUCAGAUGCUGCUACAAUUGUGAGGAGGGCCAGGGAGCUUUUGAGCUCAAAAGUCGACCCUCUGCAGUUAUUAGCUCAGCUUGCAAAUCUUAUCAUGGAUAUUUUAGCUGGGAAGCACCCUUCAGAUUCUUCAGAAGUUAGAAGAGUUAAUGGAAAACAUACAUCUGCUGACGUGGAUGUACACAAACUUAGGAAUGCUUUGGAAAUACUCUCUGAAACUGAAAAGCAAUUAAAGACCACAAAAAAUCAGUCUACAUGGCUUACUGCUGCAUUGUUACAGUUUAAUAUGAGGGAACCCUACUGUCUAGAUGAUACUGCAGUUUCAAGCAUGUUUACUGAAAGUCAGACAGAUGAUGGGACUGCAGUACUGAAAGAUGAGAGCUUAGAUACAAGUUCCCAUCUUUGUUCCCAGAACAAAGUUAGUUCUCUAGACAUGAAUUUAGGAGAUCCAGAUGUAUUGGAGACGAUAUGGAUGAAAGCUCUUGAAAACUGUUCAUCCCCUCCACUUCAAAAUUUACUGCGGAAGGAUGGGAAGUUGUCGUCUCUGUAUACAACCCAAGGUGUCGCAGUUGCUGAGCUACAGUUCUGCCAUCCUGAGGUUGUCCCAACAUCAGAGAGCUUCUGGAAGCCACUAUGUGCAUCUCUGCAGAAUUUGCUGAGGUGCAACGUCGACAUCCGAAUCAACCUUUCUCCUAUCUCUGGCAGCAGGGCUGGAUCCAAGGACUCAUCCGUCAGCCUUGUCAUGGAAUCAAGAGAAGACCGUCAGGCGCAGGACCCAGUCACCUCAAACUGCAGAACCGUCGUGUCAUCGAGAAGAGACUGCCCUUCCCCACUCGUGGGGCAAGCCAAGGAGAAGCCGCCUCACAUCCUGGGGUGUCUCCAUGGCGGCGCAGAUGGUGACACAGUGGAUACCGAGCCGAGGAUCCUGAGCUACCAGAAAAUCUCUGUCGUCCCUGCAGCAUCCACACCAGGAAACGCUCCCCUCAAAGCCACCGCUGGAGACACAUCAAAGGUUGAUGAAGGCAGAGUUCGUCGUGGCUGCUGCUCGCUCCUUCUACCCUGCAGUGUUUGUGCCCCCCUUCGGAAGUCCCGGACGCGGGAGAAACGCCGAGCCAAGCUGUUCAGCUGCUGCUUCUGCAAGAUCGGACCAGACUGCAAAACGAAGGCAGAAGCAGGGUAGUUUGCAGCAGGCCAGGAACAGAGCAGCCCUCUGCAGUUCAAGCUGGAGGCUGGGGUAUGCUGAUUGCCAUUUGGCUGAACCUGACAUUGUGGUUGUCCAUUCUUGCUAGUCUUCUAUCAUGUUUUCUGGUUUGGCUCUGGUGGUCAAAUCAGUUCAGACUUCAUCAGACUGUCAAAAGUGUGUCCAUCUCUAGACUGUAGCUUGCCUCCGAUGGGGGGAGAUACUGGUUGAAGACACAGCAGAUGUGCAUCGCUAACAUAAAGAGAUUUUAUAGUCGGAUGCUUAAACUUUCCUGGUAGCAUAACCGUGUUUGUAGUUGUGCGUU